UCGUUCACCUACACCAGUCACAUUAAACUUAUAUUUCGUAUAAUAACCGAGCCACAAUUCAACUGAAAAAAAAAACUCAAAUUUCGGUGGACAAAGUGGACGAACAUGUCCAACUUACAAGAUGUGCCGCUCGCCGAUCCCGAAGUUCUGCCAGUGGAUGGCUCCGAAGUGACCCCCGCGCCCAAAUCCAGCUCACUGAAGCGAUUCUUCAAGAUCAGCAAGAAGCCGCUGAUGCGGGACCAAGUGGAGGAAGUCAGCGAGACCUCCUCCCAGGACAACAAGGAGUUGGGCAGGUCCAACACGAUAAGUAGGUUCUUCACCCGCUUGAAGGGAUCAAGCAAAGAUGGCCAGGAGCAAUCCAGCUCAGUAGCCGACGCCGUUGCGCAUGAGAAGCCAGUGCCGAACGCCAAGCCCACUAUAAAGACAUCCAUAUCAUCCUACUGGAAGCUGCUGUUCAAUCGGCAGAAGAACCAGCGCCAAAAUGCGGGUUUCGGACUGUCCAAUAAUGUGCAGAACGGGGAAGUGGAAGAGGUCCACGAACUGCAGCCGGUAAACCAUGAAUCUGAAACCGAUUGUCAAGCGAGUUCCAAGGUAGAAGAGUCCGCAGUUGAGGACUACCCCACGGAUCCGGCUCAGGAACCACCAAAUACUUUGGCCAAAAACAACAGGGCUUCGGGAGAGGAUCUCAGCGCCUUGGAGGGCGGUCCAUUGUCCAUUGCGGAAGCCGAGAUUGAGGACUCCAUUCAGCCAGCUCCAACUUUUGUUAAUCAAUACAACUAGGAUAUAUUCCGAAAGGAUCUAAUACAUCACCCGUUCUCUAGGCCACCGCUCCCAAAUCUGAAGGUGUUCCGCCGCUACACUUCACAGUCCACUCUGUAAGCAUAUUAAGGAUUCAAGAUAUUUCCGCGUACUUUCAAACACCACAAACACGCUCAAACUUACCUUACAAUAAACGCAGGCAUACUCGAAAUA